AUGAGUGUGAACGAGGAAGUGAUGAAAGUUAAACUUAUUUGCUUUAUGAGUCGUUAUCCUGAACGGUUACCUGAGCAACACAAGGUUCUCCAGAAGCACAAUUUCUUAGUAGAUAAGAUGAGGAUAAUUUUUCACUACUUGCAGUUUGAAUCCGAAGACACUUACUCUUUCUUACUUUUUGGUGGCGGUGCCUUGCUUACCCUGUUGCUAGCAUCAGCUGUUGUUGGAGCAAUUGAUUCUAUCCCGGUGUUCCCCAAACUGUUGGAGAUUGUUGGUCUUGGCUAUACAGUUUGGUUCGCAUCUCGCUAUCUAAUAUUCAAGGCAAAAGUAUUAAAUGUUUCGCAUUAUGAUGCCACAUCAGGGGGUAUUCUAGACAGAGUUGUUGAAGCAGAGGAUAAGAAACAUGGAGAUAUUCUAAGAAUGGAAAAUAUUUACAAUGUUGUGAGCAGGACCAUUUCAGCUCAAGAUCUGUCCCAUUUUUUAGCAAGUUUCAGAAUAAUACUUAGGGGGGAAGUUGUGGAACAUCAAAAUAUCGCUAAUGAUCUCAAAUUUCAGCAAUUUAUUGUGUAUAAUCCUCAGAAUGCAGGAGCUGUUGAGGUUUGUUAUAUUGUGUUGUUUCAGUUGUCUUCAUCAUGUCAAAUUAUAAAAACUAUUGGGUUUCUUAACAACUUCUUUCUGUUGGUACUUGAUGCAAAGGUUUUUGUGCCUUCUUACCCAAAAUCUCUGACUGAGUUGAUGGGAAAGUCUUCUAUUUUGCUUAUCAAUGGAAGCUUGCAAAGGAGAAUCCAUGGACUAGUGCGUGGCUUCUUUAAAUCUCCACGGCUCAAGGCUCAAAUCACCAGAGACAUGUACAAGUAUGUCCAAGAAUCUAUGACAAAUUGGAGCCAUGACCGACCCAUCUACAUUCAGGAUGAAACCAAAAAUGUUUGUGGAAAUUAUGGCUCCUGUCUUUUCUCGAAAAGCUUGGCGGUGUGUAUGGCACAUGAUUCAGGUAUAUUGAGAUGAUUUCUUUGGAGCAAUUCUUGACAACAUUUGUAGUUGAGGCCUUUAGAAUGGAAGAAUGUAUUUCACUAAUUUUUGUGUACAUUUCUUGUUUUGUAUUUAGUGAUAAAGGAAUCUAAAUUGGGCAUAAAUUAUGUUGUAAUAUGAUUUCUUAAGCCUAGACUAGUAGACUAAAUAUUGUAAUUACAUUUUGAGUAAUUAAUAAAAAUAUAUUUAUGUUACCUUA